AUGGUGGCAUCUCUACCAGCCUGCACAACAUCUCUAUACUGUUGCAACUGUCAUAUGCGAUACCAUUCAAACCACUAUGUUCACGGCAAACCAACAACUCAUACAUAUUAUCCAUGUGUGCCAUGCUUCAUACAGGUUGCUCAACAUUUCUUCGUCACUGAUGAAGUGUGCAAGAUGUUCGCAAAUCUUAUGAUCAUUUCUUGGACUUCUGUCACUAAUUGUGCUCGCUUCUACAAUGAAAGCCUCAUUAUGCUGGAUUUGCACAGUGCUCUACCCUCUCAAUGGAGCUCCAGACUGGAUAUAAUGCCAGAAUAUGUCUGGGAUGCUUUUUUCCUCUAUUCACUUCUCACUGAUCACUGUGAAUGCACUACUGUACUACAACUCCCUCACAAUGCUCCAAGCCAAGAUGAAUGCCUUUGCCCUGCCUUGCAUGCACGGAACAUGCUUCUUGCCAGUUCUGGUCAGGAGGAUGCACCAGAAGCACUACACUCUGUCGUCACUGAUGGUGUGUCCAUAGGGCACCCCUGUUGUGCUGUUCAUGACUGUAUGCAACUGCUCAUAAUGACAAAAGACACACGCUACUGUUCUGUCCAUGCAGCAAAAGAUAAGCUCGCUGAUGCAGGCUUUAUGACAUGUUUGCUGCCAAGCCACUGUGCACUCGAAAGCUUCAAACAGCUCGAGAACAAGGCAAUGUUUCAACUGAAGCAUUGCCUUGAAUGCCUUCGCAUGUCACAGCUGAAACAGCAUGAUUCACAAGUGUCAACCCUUCCAUCUGUGCUUGAGGAACUAGAAGUUUGUGCAGAACAUGAUAUUACUGCAGCUGACAAGAUGCUGAGCAACAUACUUCCCCAAGAUGCACAAUUUGGGCACCGUCGCACACAUAUUGAGGAGUUGUGUGUCACCUCAUGUGGUGUCAACCUAGGGUGUGCAACAUUCUUUGGCUCUGAAGCUAUAAAUGGUGUUCUGACACAAGCAUUUUUUGAGGGUUGUGCCCUUCUCAUUGACAUAUUUCACUUCAAGUGCAAGCAUAAGGAGAUUGACAUAAUCUGCGACACUCAUUGCAAUCCAUACCUUUGGUCCGAAUUGCGUACCAAUGAUGACCAAUGGCGAUUCAACUCUUCAGCUGCAGAACAGGCAAAUGUCUGGUUUGGAAAGUACCAAGCCAUCAUUCGUGAAAUGCAAAUGGUCAAGCAUCGGAAUCACAUGAUAGUCAGGAAGCUCGAGCGUAAGGGUCAUAAACUAUACAUCAUUCCCCGUGAAGAGUUACUCGCAAUGUAG